AGAGUGGGAAGAAAAAGGAAGGAAAAGAAAGAAGAGAGAGAGAGAGAGAGAGAGAGAAGCAAUGUUGAUUUGGAGGAGUGGCGAAGAUUGAGGAGAUUGAAGUGUAUAUGGGUGGUGGAGGUACACUCGUUGAUGGCAUUCGUCGAUUCUUCAAUCGUCGUACUUCUAUUAACAAUGAUGUUCUUAAUACAAUAAACAACAACCUUAACAAUGUCGAAUACAAGAACAACAAUCCUUCUUCUUUGAAUCUUCUCAAAGUUCCUAUUCGUUCCAAUUUCAUACCUUCUUCCAUGGAUCGUCACAAAAAGGGGGAGGUAGAGUUUUUUACCGAGUAUGGAGAGGCAAGUCGUUACCAAGUCCAAGAAGUAGUUGGAAAAGGUAGUUAUGGUGUUGUGGUUUCUGCUGUGGAUACUCAUAACGGGGAAAAAGUUGCAAUUAAGAAAAUCAAUGAUGUUUUCGAGCAUGUAUCGGAUGCCACACGAAUACUAAGAGAAAUUAAACUCCUUCGUUUGCUUCGACAUCCUGAUAUAGUUGAAAUUAAACAUAUAAUGCUUCCUCCUUCACGAAGAGAGUUCAAGGACGUCUAUGUUGUGUUUGAGUUGAUGGAGUCUGACCUUCAUCAAGUAAUUAAGGCAAAUGAUGAUCUGACUCCCGAGCACUAUCAAUUUUUCUUGUACCAACUUCUUCGCGGCCUGAAAUAUACACAUACAGCCAAUGUGUUUCAUCGCGAUUUGAAGCCAAAAAAUAUUCUAGCUAAUGCUGAUUGCAAACUAAAAAUAUGCGAUUUUGGGCUUGCUCGAGUUUCAUUUAAUGAUGCUCCGUCAGCUAUAUUCUGGACUGACUACGUCGCGACUCGGUGGUAUCGUGCACCUGAACUAUGUGGUUCUUUUUUCUCAAAAUAUACUCCAGCAAUUGAUAUUUGGAGCAUUGGAUGCAUAUUUGCAGAAAUGCUUAGUGGCAAGCCAUUGUUUCCUGGGAAAAAUGUGGUGCACCAAUUGGAUCUCAUGACUGAUUUGCUUGGUACUCCUCCUGCCGAAUCCAUUUCGAGGAUUCGAAAUGAGAAGGCUAGAAGGUACCUUAGUAGCAUGCGAAAAAAGCAACCGGUUCCAUUCACCAAAAAAUUUCCAAAUGUAGAUCCUUCGGCUCUUAGUUUGCUGGAGCGUUUACUUGCAUUUGAUCCUAAAGAUCGUCCAACAGCCGAAGAGGCACUGUCUGAUCCUUACUUUCAUGGUUUGUCAAAUGUGGACCGUGAACCAUCCACUCAACCCAUUUCGAAACUCGAGUUUGAGUUUGAGAGAAGAAAAUUGACCAAAGAUGAUGUUAGAGAGCUGAUAUAUCGAGAGAUUUUAGAGUAUCAUCCCCAGAUGCUCCAAGAAUAUCUUAGCGGCGGAGAUCAAACAAGCUUCAUGUAUCCGAGUGGAGUUGAUCGGUUCAAGCGACAGUUUGCACAUCUCGAAGACAAUUAUGGGAAAGGCGAACGAGGCUCUCCAUUGCUGAGACAACAUGCAUCCUUACCUAGAGAGCGUGUUCCUGCUCCGAAGGACGAAAACAAUCAAAAUAAUGAUUGUGAAAUGCCAACUGGAUCAAAUCUUCAUAGCCCUCCCGGGGUAACCGAUUCUGGCGACUCAGAUGCACAAAGUGGAUCGUCGAAGAACUUCACGCGUAGUCUUUUGAAGAGUGCCAGCAUUAGCGGUUCAAAAUGUAUAGAUGUCAAACAAAGUAAAGAUCCUGAGGAGCCAAUUCCGGAGGUCAACGAUGAAGCGGUGGACGAGUUGUCGGAGAAGGUGGCUGCUCUCCUUGCUUAGUUCAAGCUUUGAUUCAUUAUUUUUUUUUUAUCUAAAUUUCUUUGAGAUUAUAAGUACCAAAUUCAAUCCUAUGCAUAGAAAUCCUACAAUUUUUUUCUUAGUAGAAGCUAAAUGUAGGGCUACAUUGUUACAAGUUACCAUUUUGUAUCAUUCACCAUAACAAUUCAUGUAAGUAUAUGUAUUUGUGUAAUAGUACUCAUUAAUUUCUACACCACAAUGUAUAUUAGUACUCAAUAUUCAUUCUCAAUCCUCAAGCAGAGGUGGUUCUAGUUGCAAAUGUUAGUGGUAUUUCUUGUUCUGCA